AUGCUAACGACGAUUUCUGCUACCAGGAAGAGCGACACAGCGGGUGUCAGUUGGCAACCAGUACACGUCGAUCUUGUCCGCGAUGACCUCUUCAACUUUGAGAAACUACCAGCGGGUUUCUACUGGCCUCACGAGAUAGACUGGAUACAAGCCGGGAAGAAUUUUGUUUGGGUCAUUGGAACCUACUACGGGUACAUACACGGAGAGGCCAUAGUCAGGAAAGUGAAGUACGAUUGGGAAACAACUACAGGCUGCCUAAUGUCUGUAUCCGUGGGGCCUGCAGGAGUUUGGGCGGCGGACUUUAACGGCGAUGUGUAUCACAGAGCAGGGACAUUCCUGAAUGAGACCUCCCCUGGUGAAGAAUGGGUGCAUGUACCAGGGAUAAAUCUGCGGCAGGUGGCUGUGGGAGAUGGAAUUGUCUGGGGUGUAGACUCCAGCAACCGCGUGUUUGCAAAUGUUCUACCAACGCCUGUCGGCAGGGAAGUGUGCCAAGUGGGCCUGAAAGGACAUUCGUUCUGCUACGCAAUACAGAAGGAAAAACGUCUCUGCGGAAAGGAUGAGAUCAUCUGUCCUCACAGCGGGAAAUGUAUCCCAGAAUGCAGUGUGUGUGACGGCGUUGUGGACUGUGGGAACGAUGACGACACCGACGAACGGAACUGCUGGUUUGCCGGCUGCCCGGAGAAACACAGACGGAUGUGUACCGGAGAUGCAGGCUGCUACAGCCCCAGUCGUGUGUGCGACGGGGACUGGAACUGCAGGGAAGACAAGGAGGACGAGAGGGACUGUUUCGACAGCUGCAUCGAUGAUGGAUCAGCGGGCAUGUUUCUUCGGCGAGACCUUGUACAGUGCCGUGAUCUGAAGGGCUGUGUGAAGAUCACGAAAGUUUGCGAUGGCAGGAGGGACUGUUCGGACGGCUCGGACGAGAUCAGAUGUGACGAAUUCUGCUCUCUCCAUGGUUCAUUCGGUGACACUGCCUUCUGGAAGUGCCGUGAUGCCCCAGGUUGUGUCAAAGGAGAAUUUCUGUGUGAUGGCAUUCCUGACUGUGAGGACGGGUCGGACGAAGAUCGCUGUGAUGCUGUGUGCAAGUCUAUCGGAUACUGGCCCUGCACAUCCUCACUCCCUCCUUUCCCGAAGUGCAUCAGUGCGCAGGAAAGAUGCAAUGGCCAUGUAGACUGCUUGGACUACUCGGAUGAGAUGGGCUGUGGUUACUGUGGGUAUAACUGGAUGCCUCUCUUUGAUAUCGAUCCGUUCUACGCCUGGGGAAAUAUUGACAAAUUACGGGUGAACCAUGACGGAUGCAUUCUCAUAGAAGAAGUCUGCGACGGAGAAAUCGACUACUAUUAUCAUGCUGGCAUUCACGAUGAAACUGACUGUACACAAGGACUGCGUUUUCCGUGUCGUCGCCCUUACGGGUGGAAAUGCCCCGGAGAAAACACCUGUCUGCCCGAGGAAUAUGUUUGUAAUGCCGUACUUGAAUGCGCAAACGGGGAGGACGAAAAAAACUGCGAUGCGUACUGCGAGUCAAUUGGAGGCUGGAGGUGCCAGUGCGACCAGCUGACAAAAUGCUACCUACCCGAGGAUCUGUGCAAUGGCUACCACACGUGCCAGAUGUACACCACAAGAAAUCACGACGCCAUGGAGGAAUUAACAUGUGUUGAUGACGAAGCUAACUGCGGUACACUUUUCAAACACUACAACUCUGCUUUUUAUAUUACAACAAAAAGGGGUAAAGUAGACAGUGGUGCUGCACCCAAGCAAACUGGUUUAUAUCAACAUCAGCACUGGACAAAACAUGAUAAAUGACAUAUAACAGAAAACAUGUAAACGGGAACGUCUGAUGUAACAUGAGGUGGACAAUUGAAUUAUAACAAGAGAAAAAACAGCUGACAUUGGUCAUCAUGGUAAAAAUACUGGUAAAAGAUACCUGUUGAAAUGCAAGUCAUUUAUGACUCAGCUUUAUAAGUCAGUCUGU